AUUCCUCUCCUCUCUAACUCCUUGUCCCCUAUCGCUUUUUUUUUUUUUUUUUUUGAAGGAGUGUUUUUCAGAGGAGAGGAAUAAUAAAUCCCUACCACUACUAUCCCCUUCUUCCUCAUAAUUAAUUCUUUCUCAAAAUACACACAAACAAGAAAACGAAAACUAUUAACCAAAAGGUUUAAGAUGCUUGCAGAUCAGAAAUCCCAAAAGACAUACCCGACAGUGACCGAGGUAUUGGACGAAGUAAAGAGAAUGACAGACAUAGGGUUCCCAAUAGCAGCCAUGAGCCUUGUGGGGUACCUCAAAAACCUGACUUUAGUCGUGUGCAUGGGAAGGUUAGGAAGCCUCGAGUUAGCAGGAGGUUCUCUGGCCAUAGGCUUCACCAACAUAACCGGUUACUCUGUCCUCUCAGGUCUAGCAAUGGGCAUGGAACCCCUCUGCACCCAAGCCUUCGGUUCUCGAAACUUCUCCUUACUCUCUCUCACUCUGCACAGAACAAUCCUCAUGUUACUCCUAUUCUCUAUCCCCAUUUCUCUUCUCUGGUUCAACCUCCAAACUCUCAUGCUUCUCCUUCGUCAGAAUCCAGACAUAACCCGAGUUGCAACCCUCUAUUGCCGCUUCGCCAUCCCAGACCUCAUCGCCAACAGCUUCCUCCACCCUCUUCGCAUUUACCUGCGCAGUAGAGGAACAACUUGGCCACUGUUCUGGUGCACUUUACUCUCCAUUCUUCUACACCUUCCCAUCAUAACUUUCUUAACCUUCAAACUCCACCUUGGCGUACGGGGAAUCGCCAUUUCAUCCUGCGUUGCCAACUUUAACAACCUUUUCUUCCUUCUUUUAUGCAUGUUCUACACACGUGCCCCUAAGGAGUACUCCUUACACUUGCCAUUAUUAACGACAGAGCCAGAUUGGAUACAAGAUAAAAAUACUUUUGAGAACUUUUCAACUGAAAAUAAACAACUUUUUUUGAUUGAGAAACUCUCAAAAACGUUUUUAAGUUUGUAUCCAAACAGACUGAUUGUAUCAUGUAGCAGUAGUAGCACUAGGGAGUGGUGUGUGCUAAUUAAAUUUUCGGUACAAAGUUGUCUAGCUGUUUGCUUGGAAUGGUGGUGGUACGAGUUGAUGACAAUUUCAGCAGGUUACCUUGAUAACCCUCGUGUUGCUCUAGCCACGGCUGGGAUAGUGAUACAAACCACGUCUCUUAUGUACACUUUGCCAACAGCACUAAGUGCAUCGGUGUCAACGAGAGUAGGAAAUGAACUUGGGGCGGGGCAAGGUGAAAGGGCAAGUUUGUCAACUGUAGUGGCCAUAGGAUUAGCACUUGCAAGCUCAAUUUUCGGUUUGUUGUGGACCACAGUGGGGAGAGAAAAGUGGGGGAGAGUGUUCACUAGUGAUAGUGAGGUGCUACAAUUGAGCAUGGUGGUGUUACCUAUAAUUGGAGUGUGUGAGUUAGCGAAUUGUCCUCAAACCACAAGCUGUGGAAUCCUUAGAGGGAGUGCUAGGCCUGGUGUUGGGGCUGUUAUAAACUUUUGCUCGUUUUAUUUGGUGGGAGCACCAGUGGCAAUUGUUUUGGCAUUCGUUUGGAAACUAGGGAUGGUGGGCCUGUGUUACGGCCUACUUGCAGCACAGAUCGCAUGUGUUGUCUCAAUUUUUGUUGUGGUGUUCAAGACAGAUUGGGAAAGGGAGUCGUUGAAAGCCAGAAGCAUGGUCGGAAAGAGUUCAUGUGCCACAUUUGCAUUUGAGGACCAAACAGUCAAAUGUGAAGAAGGUGUUGUGUUUCUCAAAGAGAACGGCAUACACUAGUGUUCAAGAGAUAUACACCAAAAAGCAAGCAUGGCAUUACUCUCACAGAAAAGUUCAACCUAGAAUUAUGAUUCUUUUAGUAUUUGGAAAUAUUUUUCACACCCCAAAUCUUACAUCCUUCUCCUCUAUGUUUGUGUAUAGAUUCUCACGCAUAAAUACAUAAAUGUAGGGGGAGGAUCUAAGAUUUUAGAGCGUGAAAAGGUUAAUAUUUUUGCUGUGAUUAUACCUGUGCGUUUGCAUGCAUAACCAAUUGUGAUCUUGUAUUUUUUUCCUUGCAGCGUCAAUGCAAGGUUUAGCUAGAUAUGGUGCCGUAAUAUAAUUAAUGUAAUUGUAACAGUAAAGUUUAUCUAAUUUGUACUUGAUUAAUAUAACAGAUCGAUUUAUAUUUCA